CCUGUAAAACACUGUAUGAACUGCUGGAACAAUCAAGUUGUAGGAAUAAUUUCAGAUGUCAUGCAAGCGUCGCCUGAACGGGCGCUGAAGUUUGGGGUGUCGCAGGAUGGCCGACACCAGCGUAGAGGACGUGCUUCGUUCCGAGCCAAGCCUGCAGCAGGCGUUUGCUGCUUUCAUACUGUCUCGACAGACCGCUAAACCGAAUGCCGAUACGACGGCGCCGCCUCGGGCAGCUGCCACGAAGGACGGCAAGAAGCGACACAAGAAAAAGGCUGCCGCUGCAGUGGGAGGUCCGAGCAGCCAUCCCAACUCACCAGGUGUCAGCCGCAGGAGCAGCCGCUUAGGAAGCACUGGUAGCAGCAGCGGUAGCAGCAGCGGUAGCAGCAGCCCCUGCAAAUCUACAAGCAGCGGCAGCGGCGGCCCCAAACGUGGCUCGCUGCGACAGCCCGAGUCACCCGCCUCUCCGUCCAAGUCAGGCGCCACGGGCAGCAACUCCGCUGGACCCAAACUGGCAACAGAGCCCAGCACAGAUGCUGUCAGAUUGGUUGCCACCAGUGGAACUGGGGCGGCAAGGCCGCGCUCGCCGCACUCCUCGUCACCCCGCUCUCCACUGUCGCCUGGCGCCAUGGAGCGCCGGGCGCGGCUCCGGGCGCAAUUCCUGGACUUGGCCCGCAGCUUUGUUGGCGUGCCCUAUGGCAAACGCCACCACCAGCCGGUCAACUGCGUAUGCGAGGGCUGUUCUUCCUCGGGGCGGCAGCUGUUCCAUGAGCCGCUCUUCCUGGACUGCUGCGGGCUGGUGCGCAAGGUGGUGCGGGCCAUGCAGCGACAGCUGGGCUUCAGACUGGGCCCUGGCAACCAGGCCUACCAGUUUGACACACUGCCUAUCCGGAGGGCCAGUGUGGAGGAGCUGAGGCCUGGAGACCUCAUCUUCUACAGUGGGUCGCCGUACAGCCCGGAUGCCAGGCGGUACGCGUUCGACAUGACACACGUGGAGAUCUUUACCGGGGGCGCCACCGGGGAGGCCACACUCGGCUCACGUGAGCGCUUUAAGUGGGUGAUGGAGUACGACUCGUACCGCUUCACCUCGCAGCGCUGGGCCCUGUCCGCCCACCACUUCUGCUCCAUCGACACGUGGCUGGACGGCCUGUGCGAGCCGCAGCAUCCCGAGCUGUGGAGCCAGGCGUGGCGCGGGGCUGGGCGGCAGGGCCAAGGGCAGGGGGCAGGGGGCUCCCAGCCCUCCACCGCGGGCCUCAAGUGGAACACCAACAAGUACUCGAUCUUUGGCGGCGCAGCAUCCGCUACUGGGGCGGGGAAUGAGGGAGCCAAGGGCACUGCGGCUGCAGCUUCGCUCGCGGUCGCGGCGGCUGUGGCGGGUGCGACAGCGGCUGGGUCCUAACAGGACGAUGACGGCGAGAGCGACGGCCAGGGCUGGUGAGCUGUGGUGACUGGGCGUGGCUGCUUAGACCCGCUGGCCUGGUAGGUGUGGAGGUUUCCGGCGGCGGUGGAUGGGUAUGUGAGUAUGUUGACAAUGCACGACAAGCUUUUGGACAGGCGUGUGAACAGGCGCUUCCGGACCUACGUAAGAGGUUGAACAUGCGUGGGAAAGCAAUUGUGCAUUGGGACAGAAAUUAUGAGGUGUACCGUAUUGCGGCCCACCUCGGGAAAGACUCGCUGCUCGUGCGCGCGCGGAUGGCGGGUGUGCAACCUUCAGCUUGACGAUGUAAACGGCAAGAAGAUGCGGUAGUGCAGCAACCAGCUGAAUACAGGCAGGGCUAGCCAGGCUGAGAAUAGGUGUGUCUUUAGGCACGCGCAUUUGCAUGUCCACCAUGCGCCUCUUAUGUCUUGCGGCGUGUAAGCCACGCGUGCUGCGCUGCAUACGGGUGUAGGGCAACGGGUAGUGGAUUUCCAAACCGGCAAAAACUCAAGCGAGACCCAGGGGGCAUGUAUGUUGUCGAAUGGCUGACCUGUGUGAGGAGCGGUCAGCUGUGCCGCGGGUCGUGGACUCGUGUUCUCAGGACGGUGGUGAGUUGGAGGAAUGGAGGGGCAGGCCGAGGCGUGGCGCACAACGAUGGGGAUGGAGAUAGCCAGCAGUAACGGCGCGGUGUGGAGGCAGGUGGGGUCAACUCGAAGGGGGUGUGUACAUUCGUAUGCUUGAUGGUUUCAGAAGAGAGGCCUUUGACACGCAGAACAGCAUACGGCUGCCUCAACCUCCAUAGGUGCACAUGGAUAGGUGCACAUGGAUAGCGUGCAGGGCAGGAGACAGGUGAGCAUACCGGAGGCUUGGUGUGUGAUGGGACAGGGUUCAGGCAGGUUGGCGAGGUCCCAUAGGGUGCAGCUGACGCCCAUACCCCAAGCAGACAGCAGACAGUUUGCAGCGGCAGAGCAGGAGUGCAUGGCUGGUCGAACGCCGGAGUUACUGUACCGACAAGUUGCUGGCUGGCUGGAAGUUUGCUGAUGCGCAUUCCUCACGCUCCGGGCGCCCGGCCAGGCGAUAGCACCACACAGACACACCGCAACGCCACACUCGCUCGCGAUGCAGAGCCGCAUCGCACCUGCAGGAAGAUGACCAGCGUCCACCGAUGAGCACCGGAGGCUUGGUAAUGUCAGCAGUCAACGUCGCCCAAACUCCAAAGGGUGCACUUGGCGGUUCGUUGGCUGUAGUGAUCGGCAAGACGGCAAGUCGAUUGUCUGGUGGUACCGUCACGCCGUACCUUGUACCGUACGCGAUCACGGCUGAUGGCCCCGAUAAGGCUUCACAAGUCCUGAGUUGUGAUCAGCUGUAAGAGGAACUCGAA